UGCAUCUAUAGCAGUCUAGAUUGGCGUAUGUCAUGGACCCUGGUGAACUAUCACUAGGCGCUUCCUGCGAGCUUUAAAUCGCCGUGCAUAACGCAGAUACGAUGUCUCUCUUGCCUCUGCCCACUCCGAUGAAUUUCCUGUCGACAACCACUGAUCGGAAACAACCCGGGUGCUAUAACAGCCAGCUCAAGCCCGCCUAUCACGGAAUAACACCACGAUACACUAGCUCCUCUAGCGGAAAAUGCAAGCAACUCACUGUGCAGUCCGUGAACCCCAGCUUGACAAGUGACUGGAACGAGCGCGAUGUUCGCUCGAGCGCGCCGUUAUCCACCCGGCUUGCUGGGUGGCUGACCAGGAUGAUGUUCAACCCAUCCAGAGAGACCUUUUUGUGGUUAUUCGUUUGGCUCUAUUAUAUCAUCGCAAUAUUGCUUCCGUCCAGAGAGCCUGCCUAUGCCAGUAAUUACAAGCCGUAUUUGAUGCGGUUUGUUGGUCAACUGUGGGCCGCACGCUCACCAAGGGAAUUCUCUCUACGGGCACGGGCAGAAGGUGAAGACGAUGCACUCGUCCGACGUGUCACCCACGCCCUCUACCCUCGCUUCCUUGUUGUAUAUAAUGGACACAAGAGAGAGUGGACAAAAAUCAAUGUCGAGGCAAUGGUGGAGCGAAAACCAUAUGUCGCCGUCACCUACUGCUACGCCGACAUAGAGAAGUACGGAAGUACGGAGAUGCUCAUACAGCGGACGCGGAGUGCUACCUUGGAUCAAGGAUUCACCGCGUACUGGCUAGAUCUCGAGUGCUUGUUCGAAGAUCCCGUACAGAAAGCCCAAGACCUGUAUCGCAUGUCGGACGUCUACAGACUCGCCUCAUUCACACUCAUUAUACUCACCAACGAGAGCGCUUGGCCCGCUUGGGGCGGCCGCGUUUGGACCCUGCCGGAAGCUCUCCUUAGUCGCGAACUGCGAUACACGGCCGGAAACAACGCAGUCACCCCCAUCAGUCUCAUCCAAAUCGCCUCUCUAGCUUACUCUCACCACAGUGAAGAGUCCCAGAUCAUCAACUCUUAUGGCCUCGGGAAGGAUCCGCUUGAGCGGUUGGACCGCAAUCUCCAGCUCAAAGAAGCGAUAUGGCGCCGAGAAAGCUUUCAGGGGAGAUAUCGCGCAGAAAAGGUCUAUGCGCUCAUGGGAUUUUUCGAGCAUCGCAUUCUCCCAAAUGCGGAGGAGACAGAGCUGCAAGCGCUUGCGCGCCUGUUUAUGGCGAACGAUAACGACCGCAUUGCUGAUCGUAUGAUCUCAAUGUUUCCGAGAGAUCGAAGGGCCAUAAAUCAAUGGUACACCAAAGAAGACGAAUAUGGUGCCAAGCUUUGGGACAUCGAGCCCGCUGCGCAGGUUAUCGGCAUUACAUCCAACGGUUCUCUUGUGUUGGAUGGAUGUCGAGCGGCAACCAUUAGAUGGAAGAAUUUCCCAUCUAUCGCGUUCGCUACGAGGCGCUCUUUUCGGCGUCUUCUGGCACUCGGAGUUCCAUACGUGGCCUUUUUCUUCUUCGUGCUGAGUUGCGCCUUGAUUUCCAUCGGCAACCAGACCGCUAGCACAUCCGCCUCCGGAUCUUCCGGGGGAACAACUGCAGGCGGCGGCGUCAUGCUGGCCUUUUCACUCAUCCUGCUAAUAUUCGCGCCAAUCUUUACAACGUAUGCGCACUCUGGACGAGUCGUCCUCGCUCGUCCAUGGCUCAUCGGAGUCAAAGGCGUCAUCUCUGCCCAGGAAGCCUCUGACUACCUGUACGGCGGUCAGAUCGGCAACUCUCGCCGUACUCUAUACACGCCUUCAGGUUCGCCUCUGGCGAGACCGAAAGAACACGAGUCCAAGUUCCGCGAAGGCCAUGCCUCGCAGUACGAAGCAGCACGUGCAGCCCCGCCAUUUGACCCUAUCGAAGGACACAUGUUCACCCUCGUCGACACUAUCUCGGGCACGAUCUACUAUUUCCGUGCGCAUAGGCCGCCUACGGUGUGCCUUUUUACUGGAUCGGAGGGCGGGCAAGGGAGGUUUGUGCUGAGUAGUGAGGAAUGUGGGAGUAGCGAGCUGAGGCGCGAGACGGUGCUUCGCAUGCCGAGCUUCAUCUCUGGGUAUAUGAACACUUGUGAUUGGGUGGCUUUGGGUGGUAAGCCUUGAUCGAGGGGUUUUUGCGUUUUUGCUUUGCUUUCGUCAACCACACUCGUUUGUCGUCUCCUUUUUUAUUUUGGUGUUUAUUCAUAUCUCGACUAUGCUCGUCGCUUUCGUGCUAAAA